GUGACUGUUUCCGGCCCGUGAGGUCGUCUACUUCCGGCCCAUAUUUCAUAAACUCUGGACGAAGCGUAGGAAGUAUGCUGUCCUUGUCCCGAGCUGUACUGAGCGGGGUGGUGCGUGCCCCAGCUGCAGUCAGCCAAAGUGGAGUGACUGCGAUCACCCGAUUCAACAGCACUGCACAGGUAAGUCCCAAGAAAACAACAUAUGGGCCUCUGGCAGAUGAAGACAGAAUUUUCACAAACCUUUAUGGCCGUCAUGAUUGGAAGCUGAAGGGGGCGUUGAAGCGUGGUGAUUGGUACAAGACUAAGGAGAUCCUUCUUAAAGGAGUUGACUGGAUCCUCAAUGAGAUCAAAGUUUCUGGCCUGCGUGGGAGAGGUGGCGCUGGUUUCCCAACUGGCAUGAAGUGGAGCUUCAUGAACAAGCCCAGUGAUGGCAGGCCAAAGUAUUUGGUGGUGAAUGCAGAUGAGGGAGAGCCCGGCACCUGUAAGGACAGGGAGAUCAUGAGGAAUGACCCCCACAAGUUGGUGGAGGGCUGCCUGAUCGCUGGGAAGGCCAUGGGGGCACGUGCUGCCUAUAUUUAUAUCAGAGGAGAGUUCUACAAUGAGUCAUCCAACCUGCAGGUGGCAAUCAAUGAAGCCUAUGCUGCUGGUCUCAUUGGAAAGAACGCCUGUGGCUCCGAUUAUGACUUUGACGUAUUUGUGAUGCGUGGCGCUGGAGCCUACAUCUGUGGAGAGGAGACAGCUCUCAUCGAGUCCCUGGAGGGAAAGCAGGGAAAGCCGCGCCUUAAGCCCCCAUUUCCUGCUGACGUUGGUGUGUUUGGUUGCCCGACUACUGUUGCCAAUGUGGAGACUGUAUCCGUGGCGCCCACCAUCUGUCGCCGUGGGGGCUCGUGGUUUCUGGGCUUUGGCAGAGAGAGGAACUCCGGCACAAAGCUCUUCAAUAUCUCUGGCCACGUUAACCACCCCUGCACUGUAGAAGAGGAGAUGUCUGUCCCUUUGAAAGACCUCAUUGAGAGGCACGCAGGUGGAGUGCGUGGUGGUUGGGAUAACCUGCUUGCUGUAAUCCCUGGUGGCUCCUCAACACCCCUCAUUCCCAAGAGCGUGUGUGAAGAUGUGCUUAUGGACUUUGACGGCCUCAUCCAGGCUCAGACUGGACUGGGCACAGCUGCUCUUAUCGUUAUGGACAAAUCUACUGACAUUAUCAGAGCAAUUGCCCGCCUGAUCGAGUUUUACAAACAUGAGAGCUGCGGCCAGUGCACACCCUGCAGAGAAGGAGUGGACUGGAUGAACAAUAUGAUGUGGCGUUUUGUGCAAGGUGACGCACGAACAGCCGAGAUCGACAUGAUCUGGGAGAUCAGUAAGCAGAUUGAGGGACACACUAUCUGUGCCCUGGGAGACGGUGCAGCAUGGCCUGUACAGGGAUUGAUCAGGCACUUCAGGCCUGUGAUGGAAAGCCGAAUUGCUGGAUUCCAGCAGCAGAAGCAGGCCAGGGCUUAAAUGGUUCCUUCUUCUCACGGACUCACUCUUCUGCCUCAUUUGUCCUUAACCCUGUGUUUGUGUCUUUCACAUAUUAUUUAAAAGAUAAUGUGCCGCCUCAUCAUCAAUUUUUGCAUUGAUGUAUUUGCCUUCUGAUGAAAUCACCAAUAAAGUUCUAUGAACCGUAAAGUUCCCCUCCA